UUGAACAUUUAUAUGUGAAUCACAUUUGAUAGGCAAGUCUAGAUCAAAGUUAUUUCAACUAAUUGGAAAAACAGAUAAUUUUCUAUAUAUUUUGUUAUCGUUCUCGUGUGCCGUAAGUUAUUUUUCAGUGUGCAGGCAAAAAAAACUGCAUGAAGGAAGUAUUUUUUCUCGGAAUUUUAAUGUGAUUUUGAUGGAUUUACUGUUCUCAUGGUGAUAAAUAGUCUGUUUUGUUUAAAAGGUUGUUAAUUUUGAUAAUUAAAUUUAUGAAAGAAAAAAAGUGUGAUAUUGUCUGGAGAUAAUUUAUGAUUUCAAAUCUUUCAUUUACUGGAAUAGAUGUGUAUUUCUGUUCAAAAUUCAUAUAUGAGGCAGGCAGUGGAUGUAUAUUAUCAUUGAAGACAUGACAAGAUGAGAUGUAAGAAAUUGAGGAAAAAGACAAUUUUGUUACAAUGACAGUGAGUUACCAUGGAAACUGGAUAUUUGUCUGUCUGUCUUCCAUGUUGUUAUCAACAGUGGAGGCAGGAGAUUUUACAUUGGGUAUGGACAAACAAUCGAGCUGCACAAAUGAACACUAUUACCAAGCUGGCGAUAUAUUCCUUGCAUCAGCGAGAGACAAGGUGCAUGCUGGGCACUGCCCUUUGACCUUUCUUCAAUUAAGAGCUGAUGAGAGUGGUUACACAGAGCCGUGCCUCAGUCUGUGUGUGAAAAUUGUCAGUUACAGUAUGGAGAGUUGUUCUGUAAAAAUGGCAUACCAUGAUGGUGUCAAAGACUUCAGCCCUGUAACAUUUGACUGCCGCACAUUUCCACCAGUGCUAUGGUGCUCCAGUAAGAAUGAUUUAAAGGUGACAGUCACAGAGAUGAAAGAUUAUCAGAUGGAGGAUGAUAAGGGUUACAAAAUCUCGUUAGAAAUAAAACCAUUCUGUGGAACUUUGGAACAGUUAACAACAGAUUCAAGCAUUGUAUCAAAACCACAGUCAAAACCAAACACUAUUAGUCAGACAGCUGUAGUGAUUGGUGCGAUUGUAGGAACAAUAUCUAUAUUGUUUGUUCUUGGCUGGAUCAUGUACUGUUACAAAAAAAGAAAUGGGUCGGACUCGGAACACACCUCGAGUAGACCUGAGAGAAAUGUUAGAGGAUCAACACCAAAUCAGCCAGUUAACAGAUAUGCACCAAUAGAGAGAAACCCUCCUUCUAGUCAGUCGAGCUCAGACAAGGGUCCAAAGUUUCGUCCAAAUCUUGACCGUAACCAACCGGAUCUCAUCAGUAACACUGACAGACGGCUAUAUUCUCCUUUCCAGCCACCUCAGCCAAAUCAAUAUUCGGGUCAAGGUCAGAUACAACAAAAAGUUCUAUAUUCUGACAUAGAUAGAGGACCGCAACCGGGUGAUAAAUGGUACCCGAUGUCAAACCUCGGACCUACCGGUCCUGAAGUGAACCAGGUACCAGGGUUUAAGUCACCGACGCCAUCCAAUCAAAUGUCUCAGUAUAUGAUGCAGAAUCAAGUGUAUAAAUACCCAACUGACGGGGAGAUGCAUACAGUUCCAACAGAUACAAGAUAUGUUGUUUAUGACUUUGACUUUGAAGCAAAACCAAUGGAAAGGAAAUAUUCUGCAGGGAAAACCCUUAAUACUCCCUAUCGCCAGUCCCCAAUAAAAGAUAUAGAUAGAUCCAGACCAAGGGAGAUCACUCCAUUAAGAGAGACUGUUAGAGUGAUGCCACCCAUGAGUUCUCUCCCUUUAGACUCUACAACAACAGAUCACACUAGCGAUAAUGAGUCAUCUAUGUCCGGUACGGAGGAGGACAGCACCACAGAUGAUCAAACCCAUCCAGUCAGGUAUCAGUAUGCACCAGGGUUUAAUUUCAACAACCCUCCAGCCGUGAGACCAAAUAUUUCAAAUACUAGAUUGUAUGAUCCAAGAAACUUCCAGCGGAUAGAUAAUAAUCCCGUUCCUGGUGCCGCUAAUCAAAGUGAUAAGUCUCGCCUGAAUGCUCAAAACAGUUUAAGUGAAAGUUUUAGUGGUAGGAAUGAUUCUCAAGUGUUCAGAUCGCUGCAAAACAGUGACGGUUCUCCUCAGCAGAAUUCAGAAGGCCCUGUUCCGCAGGUGCCACCAAUGCCAAAAGAGUUUCAACGGACACAGAGAACGUCGCCUUCAAAAGAACUGCCAUGGCCCCAUAGUCCGCCACCGCCAUACAGUGAAGAUAAUAGAUUUGUUGUGUAGUCGUUGUAUUACUAGUGCCUCUUUUAUUGGAUGCCUUUUAAAUAAAUUAUACUAUGUCUUGAAGGGGUGAUUGCUCACUUUAGAUAAAUUUAUAACAAAGUUUGUGUAUUUUGUAAGAUGAGGGAUUUGGAGAUUUUAUGCUAAAGGAGAAGGCAAGUGAAUGCCAUUGAAGAUUAAAUUCAGUUCUGAUAUUUCACUGAAGAUACAUGUAAAAUGAAUAUGUUGAGAUAGUUAGACAUUGAAUACUUUUUAAUCAUUACCAAGCUACAUAAAUUUGUAUAAAAGACUUGUCCUAUAUGGAAUUUACUUGUCCUUUUUCUAUUUGCUAAUCUCGUCUUGUAUGGAAUUUAGUAAGAAUAAGUAGUAAUUUUAGUAGCAUUUUUUUGUCUGGACUGACCAUGAUUUGCACUGUUUAGCUAUUCAGUCAGUACAUUUAUUGAAAAUUUGCCCUAUUAAUGAUGAAAGGUUUUGUCCAGAUGGACAAGUCUAUUCUAUAAUAUAGUUAAUUUGGUAAGGGUUAAAAAGGAUGUUUUCAUGACAAGUUAAUUUUAGCAGCAUAAUUUGAAUAUAGUUUAGAACAGACUAACUUACAUAAAUUCCCUCGAGGGUGUAAUAUAGUUCUC